AGCAGGAAGUUAAGUAAUUUCCGUCACCCAUAAGGAUAUAGAUAACGAACUGAAAUGGAAAAAGCAACAGAAAAUCAAGCACAAUACAAACAAAAAGAAGAAGGUAUUGAUGAAAUUAGCUUCGGGGAUAGCUCAGGCGAAUGUGAUUUAACUUUAAAAGUUGAGGACAAAAAGAUCCUCGUGUGUAAAGCCGUGUUGUGUAUAGCGUCACCUGUGUUUAAAGCAAUGCUGAAAACAGAGUUCAGGGAGAAAGGUCAGGCAGAAAUUGAACUACCGGGAAAGAAGUAUGAAGAUUUCGUCGAGUUCCUGUGCUGCAUUUACCCCGAUAAACUGAAAUUAAUAACAGAGACAAAUGUAUACAAAGUUCUGCCGCUCGUUUCGGAAUAUCAGGUGAGAAUUCUUGAACAAAGAAUUCAUAAGCUUCUUAUACAAUUAGUGAACGGAAAACACAAAUUGAAUAACACAGAGAUGUACAGGCAUCUACAUUUAGCUGAACUAUACAAUUUAGAUGAACUGAAAGAUCAGUGUAUCGUCUUAGCGUCCGACUUGAGUCUUGCAAAAAUGGAAAAUGGUGCGUCUCAGUUUUGCAUCUCGGAUAAAUCAGUUCUACAAAUAAGAUAUAUGGCCUUGCAAAAGAGAGAGAAACUUCUACAAGCCAAUGAAUUGGAUAGGGAAGAUGAUAUGUAUUUAUUUAAAACCUCGAAUAAAUGGGUAUAUAAGACUACUGGGGAAACCGUUAGGUACAGUGCUUUAAUAAAACAAAAGGUGGAGAUUUCAGUCGAAAGCUGUUCUGAAAUUUUAAGAGCAAUACGGUUAUGUGUCCGUUACUUUAAUAACGAGCCACAUUUGCUUGAAAGACACAUUUCCACACUUAACGCGAAAACAAAUGUUGAACUUCAAGCGGUUGAAAGAGAAUUGAAACUUCUACCAGAACAUGUUAAAACGUCUAUAAGAAAGUAUAACGUGAAGUAGAAUAAGAAGAAACAUAGAAAACUGAACAUUGUGAAUUUUAACUGCUUUAAUUAAACACAUAACUUUUCUAUAACAUUGUUAAAUAUGGUAAUAGGACGCCCGUAGUCGAGUGGUUCAGGUCGUUGACUUCAAACCACUUGCCCCUAACCGCUUUGGGUUCAAGUCCCGACAUGGUUUCUUUCAUGUGAGGAAGCUAUCCAGCUAGCUUACGGAACGUCGGUGCUUCUACUCGGGUGCCCAUUAGUGUCUGAAAUAAUGCAUGGAAGGGCAUCUGAGGUCUUCCUCCACUUGUAAAGCUGGAACGUCGCCAUAUGAUGUAUACUGUGUCGGUGUGACGUAAAACCCAAUUAAAUAAAUAAACAAACAAACAAAUAUUGUAAAACCAAUAUACGUGUGUGGAUUAGUUUCAUUCAAUACACGUUGUAACAUUACACGUUGAAGGAAUAUGUUAAAGCUAUCUGGUGUGCAGCUUCAGACUGAAAUAAAUACCUUUUCAUGGAUUGAUUAUACUACAAGACAACUACAAGACAUAUCUGACUAGAGCUUUUUUGUAUUUUCCAAACAUGAAAGAAACUGCACCGCGGACAGUUACAAAAAUCAUUUAUUUUUUAACAGUUGAGUUAUACUUUUCACAUAUAUGUAUAUUUACUAGUAUAUCACAUAUUGGUAAUUUUUCUAUAAUUGUUUAUACCUGACACGGUUGUUCAAUCGUUGAAAUCAAAUUCAAUUAAAGACUGUUAUAAAAAUGUCAUGCUAAAAUAAGUAAGAAUACAGUAUAAUGCAAAGAAUCAUUCAUAUUAAACACAAGGAAACAAACUGGGCACAAUUUGUAUAUGAAAAUAUAUAUGCUUCGCAAUAUCAUAAGAGGAAAAUUAUUGCAGAAAAAAUAUGAAGUCAGGAGUCAUGGUGAGGUUUUUGAUUGUCUUUACAUCAGUAUAAAGCACAAAGCUUUAAACCUAAGGAAAAUCGCCUCGAAAAGCCCACGUGUUAUGGACAUUUUUUUUAGAUAUGUGAUUUGUUCCAACUAAUAAUUAUAAAGUGUAUGAAUUUCCAUAAAUUGGAUUCAACCGUUUAAUUAUAUAUAUAAACACUAUUUGUGACUCUGUUGCGGAUUAGUAAUUACAUAAGUUCGGAUGUUCU